GGGAUCGUUUUGAAAGUGAAAGCUGUGUUGUUCAUGACCUUCUGAUGUAUCGAUUGGAUUUUCUUUGAAAGCCAAACCCUGAACAUCUUACACCAUGGAUGACCGCACGGUGGACCUGAUCUUCAGCGGCUCUCUGAAGUUGCUACCACCAGUCAGCUCCAAGAUCGUGAGAAUAUUCACCAGUUCCACCUUCACAGAUACAACAAUGGAAAGAAAUACAUUAAUGGCGAAAUGCUACCCUCGCAUCAAGGAUUACUGCCGGGAGAAGCACGGACUAGAGUUUCAGGUAGUGGACAUGCGCUGGGGCGUCCGUGAUGAAGCCACCGACGAUCACAUGACCACUGAGCUCUGCAUGAGGGAGAUCAAAAACUGCCAGCGUCUCUCCAUGGGACCCAACUUUGUGGUGUUCUUGGGGCAGAAAUAUGGAUACAGGCCAAUCCCAACAUACGUGCUGUCUUCAGAACUGCAGAUGUUGAAAGAUGAGCUGGUGGCAGGAGGGGUGGAUGUCAUCCUACUGGAUACUUGGUACAAGAAGGACUCGAACGCUGUACCUCCAGUAUCUGUGCUUCAACCUAUCUCUUCUAUUUUGAUUAAUUUUAAUAACAAGAGAGUCCCAAAACUUCAAGCUGAAGAUCAGGCUGUAUGGUGGGACACUCUUGGCAAGAUGCAGAAAUUAUUUCGAAAGGCUUCAUCACAACUGUACAAUGCUGGGAAGAUUGACAAAGAUUGCAUGCACAAUUACUUCAUGUCGGUAACUGAACGCGAAGUUAUCAACGGUGUGUUAAACGUGAAGAAUACAAAGAACCACUGUCUAGCCUACGUCCGAUACAUCAAUAACAUCAACCUUCAGAACUUGAAGAAGGCCAGCAACUUCGUGGAUAUCAUCAACAGGAGCUUGGAUGCUGAGGCUUCCAAACUGCUGGCUGAUCUAAGAGAUGUUAGGCUACCAAACAAAAUUGAGACUACCAACAUACAGAAAUACACGGUAGAAUGGAUCGGUCGUGAAGGUUUGGACACGGAGACACAUAGUGAAUACCUCGGCCAUUUCAUAGCACAUUUCUACAAGAACAUUGUAAAGCUGGUUGACAGAGCCAUGCGUAAAGAAGACAGCAGUGCCCAGGGCGUGAUAGUUACAGAGAUUCUUCAGCAUCUACACGCUUGCAACAACUCUGUGAAGGUGUUCCACGGGAGAGAACCAGACCUUGACUUCAUAGAGAACUAUAUGAAGAACCAGUCUGAUAAACCGCUGGUGUUGUAUGGAGAAGGAGGUUGCGGUAAAACCAGUCUCCUAGCAAAAAGUGCGGCGAUGUCCCUGGAUACCUGGUUUGCUGAUGUGAAACCUACCAACGUCAUCAGGUUUCUUGGAACAACUCCUGACUCCAGCGCCCUUACUCCGACCCUCAUCUCUAUUUGUCAGCAGAUAUCAUAUAACUUCGCACUUCCCUUCGAGGGUAUACCUGAUGACCUGGUGCCUCUUACUGCUCACUUCAAGCACCUCUUGACAAUGGCUACACAACAGCAACCUCUACUCCUAUUCUUGGAUUCCGUAGACCAGCUGACGGGGAUUGGCACUGAGAAUAAUAAAGUAUCUUGGCUCCCAACCAGACUGCCUGCACAUUGCAAGAUAAUAGUCACAUGUGCAUGUGAAGAAGCUAACCCUGAGGUGUCUAAAGAGUAUGACGUACUGCGGCGCAUGAUUGACUCAGAAGAGAAUUUCUUAGAAGUAAAGGCUUUAGGAGAAGACUUGGCUAUGCAAGUUCUAAAGUUAUGGAUGGCAUCUGCAGCUCGGGAUUUGACCAACUACCAAUGGCGUUUAGUGUCUAACGCGAUUGCAUCCUGUUCUCUACCCAUAUUUGUGAAGCUCGUCUUUGCUGAGGUCUGCAGAUGGAGAAGCUACACCAAGCCACAAGACACACACUUAGCAUCCACUGUCAUGGAUUCUAUUAUGAUGCUGUUCGAGAGAAUUGAAAAACAGCACGGUCGUCUUCUCGUCUUUCACGCCCUAGCUUACAUCACAGCAGCUCGCAGUGGUCUUUCGGAAACAGAACUAGAAGAUUUGAUCUCUUUGGAUGAUAAAGUACUGGACGAUGUAUACCAGUACCAUUUACCUCCUGUCAGACGAAUACCACCUCUAUUGUGGACUAGGAUCCGUAACGAUCUUCCAAAUUAUCUAUCAGAGCGUGAAGCUGAUGGUGUCUCCGUGAUGAACUGGUACCACAGGCAGUUCCGUGACACAGCACGGGAGAGGUACUUCAAGAACAUGAACAUGGCCAUGUACUUUCAUUCGAUGAUUGCUGAUUACUACUUGGGAAUAUGGGGCGGUGGAAUACCGAAGCCCUUCAAGUACACAGAAAUCCAGCGUCAUCGUUUCAAUCUGGCUGAUAGAGAGGGUGUAGCAGACAGGAAGGUGCCACUGCAACCCCUGGUGUUUACCUCCGCUGAUGGUGCUAACAAGAGAUAUAAUUUGAGAAAGUUUGGUGAACUACCAUUCCACCUGGUCCGUUCGAAGCGGUUCACGGACUUGUACGCUGAAGUGCUGUUUAAUUAUGAGUGGCUCCAUGCGAAGCUGAACUGCUGUCCUCUGCAAGCUGUGCUGGCAGACUUUGAAGAUGCUAAACUUCACGUCAGUAAGGAUGCUGUCAGGGAACUCAUGUUGGUAGCCGAUGCCCUGCGCCUAGGCGGUGCGAUCCUGGGCACGUACUCCGACAUGUUGGCCCCGCAGCUGGUCGGCCGGCUGCUGCCCGAAGCCCCCCACAACCCUGCUAUAUCGGCGCUGCUGAAGCAGUGUGUUCACAAUGGAAAGACCCACUGCGCGUUACUGCCAUCUCAUCAUUGUCUUCAUACUCCUGGUGGACCGUUGAAGUACUCCUUAGAAGGACAUCAGUUCGCAGUCUUCGCAUUCCGGCUGAGCUCUGACAAGCGCUACGUGGUCUCCAUCUCCAGCAGGGUAAUCUCCUGGGACCUGUCCACGUCAGAUCUGGCAAGAGACUUGUGUCCUCAACUCGAGGGCAUCAUGCAGAACUUGGAGCUUUCACCAGAUAAUAAAUGGGCUGCUGCGUCUACUAAUAAUUCUGUUUCUAUGCUCCUGAACAUGCUGACCAGUGAAUACAUCACUAUUGACAAUCCUCUCGGUGAAGGUGAAACUGUCCGUGGAGUCUUCGUCCUGAACCACCACAUGUUCAUAUACGGUCCUCGUUCCUGGGUGCAGUACACCAUGAGAGGAGAACAUGAGCAGACCCUUCCAGCUCCUAACACUGCACCGUUUGAUGAUGUUACUUGGGAGAUACUCUCAAUGGACUUCCGUGACCUUGAAAACUUCUUCCUUGUGAUGUGGAGUGGAGACCUGGAUGAGGACCGGCUUCUGCUACAGUUUUGCAAGAAUGGGGAGUGGAUGCAGCCUCUGAGGUGCCGUGGUGCCCUCACCAUGAACAAACACUGGACUAGGGUGUAUUGCAGUGAUCCGGAAAGGGGAUAUCAGGUGUCCAUCUUCGAACUAAACGUAGAAGAUAAAUGUUGGAACAAAGUAGAAGAGAUAUUUCAUCAAGAAACAGAUACAGCUGAAGCUAUGCUGCAAUUGAAAAGAGGCAAAAAGGAUCGAAUGUUGCUUGCGACAACAACUUACAGUUUUGUUGUGUGGGACUUUGACUGUAAAAUACCAAGAGUAAAGCCAGAGCCAGAAGUUAAAGAAGGUGAUGAAAAAGAAGAAAAUGAAGACGAGGAGAAACCAGAGGAACCAGAAAUAGACUACCGGGUGCAUGGCAUAGUUCUGAAGCUGCCUCACACUAUUCGUAACAUUUCUACGAAGAUGACGCUCUCCAACUCCUUUAUGAUCAGCAACAAUAAUACUUAUGCUGUCGCUGGAGUCAGGAAAAAUCUCUACGUCUGGAGUUUGGAGACCACGAAACUGAUCAAGAUCUUGGAUGCUCACUUCGGCAGAAUAGUCCAGCUUGAACCUUUAACAGUAGGUUCCUGGAACAACGUGAUCACCUCCUCAAUUGACAGAACUGUGAAGAUUUGGAACAUUGACAACAUAUUUGAACAAGUCCAUAAGAUAGAUAGGCAGGAGUUACCUAUAGAUUCUAUCAGUCUAGCUCGUGACAAAUGCUUAGCAGUCACAGUGACUCGAAGUUGUUGGGGUCUUUGGAACACCAGUACUGGCAAGCUCCUGGCCCAGCUGGCUGAAGCACCGCUAGGAGCUAUCGUCACUCAUGCUGUGAUCACUCCAAGCGGUGAUAAUGUGGUCACGGCUGAAUCUGGAAACAUCGUGAUUUGGGAUGUGGUUGAGAAAUUGGCUAUACACAAAGACGAACAGAAAGGCAUCAAGCAAGUUCUCCUUCUAGAAGAUGGCACCAAAUUCAUUACAAUCUCCAUGCAAGCGUCUACAGACAAUGUGGAUAAUGUUGCCAUGGCUAAUAUUAUAGCAAGGACUAUUCCUGAGGGUGAAACCAUUUACAAUGUAGAAUACGAGGUACGAGGAACUGGGUAUAAAGCAGCUGUGGUAUCUGCGGAUGAGCACCAUGUUGUAGCUCCUGGAGUUGAUAAGUCUUCAAGGGAAUGUCUGCAUGUAUUCCAUGCAAGAACUGGCGCGAGGCUGCAUAGGAUCCCUAUAAAGAACAGUGGUAUCAAGGACAUGCAAUCUAUAGUGGCAUUACCACACAAACCGCUGUGGGUCGCUGUAGUCGGUAACGACAAGGCUGGCAUUCUGGAUAUCAAGACUAAAAGGCACAUCAGAUUCGUCCCCCGUUGGAACGGUGCCUGCACUCGAGAUGGUAAAAUAGGACUUUGCGCACCCUCUCGAGGUGGUUUGGACCUGAUCGAGUUAAAGAGAGGAACUUCAGUCCAGCAGCUAAUAUACAGGGCGGCCGAAGGUGUCUUCUCGAUCAUCACCAUGUUCAGUUCCACUGAUCAGUACGUGUUCUACUACCACAGUGGGAGGAAGACCUUGAGGGUUUUUAGGACGGUAGAUGGCCGUGCCAUAGCAGAGUACAGGGCUCCAGCAGAAGUGACAGGUGUAGCCAGCGCGCACGGCGGGACGGCAGUGGCCAUAGCAUCACAAGAUGGCUGUCUCACCAUCCUCGACAUUGUGGAUCCACAUGAGUAGAGGAACAAUAUUAUGGUUGUGAUUAACUUGGCUGGUGAUUUUGGUGAUAGCCCAGUCUUAGCAAAAUAUACACAUGUGUAUAUUUCUAUUUUCUAGUACCUAAUAUUUCAGUUUUAUGAUAAACCUAAUAGAUCUUGACUGCCUCGUUGGCCC